AUGGCUAGAAUCACCACAUUCGGCCAAUACACGGAGUUUCGUAGACCUGAUUAUUAUAAACAUUCCUAUUCUCAAAUGAAACCAAUAAUAACGCAUAUUUCACAAAACCAAAUUAAAGAUAUUGGUGGUACAGCAGAAAUGGCAUGCACAGUUUCAAAUCCCUCAAACUAUUAUGUUUUGUGGACGAAGCUUGACUUAAAAAAAUCUAUUGAACCUUUCCUUAUUUCUUUUAAAAAUACACUUAACGUCAAAGAUUCUAGAUUAUCAAUAAGACAAGACUCAAUGAUGAAUGAAAUACGUUACACAUUACAGAUUAAUGAUAUUCAAGAAGUUGACACUGGUAUCUAUCGCUGCCAAAUUGUGAUUGGAUUACACGACAUAAUAUCUGCUGAAGUUGAGUUGAAAGUACGUGGACCUCCAAUGAUACAUGACAAUUCCACCUCAUCUAUGGUUGUAAUGGAAGGUCAACAAGUGACUCUCAAAUGUUACGCUCGAGGGUAUCCUAGUCCAAGAAUUUACUGGAAGAGAGAAAAUAAUGGAAUUUCACUUGCCAGCCCUUCAAUUUUUAUGGGUAAUAUUUGGAAAAUUCCAGCUAUCAGAAAAGAUGACCGCGGGUCUUAUACUUGUAUAGCAGCAAAUGGUUUUGGCAAACCUACUCGACGUAGAAUUGCCAUACAGGUAGAAUUUGCUCCGAUCAUUACUGUUCCUAAACGCAAUUUAGGAAAAUCUUUACACGGUAAUAUGGAUAUUUCUUGUAAUAUCGAAGCAUAUCCAUCACCUGCAAUUAUUUGGAUAAAUAAUAAUGUACAACUUUCCAACAAUCAACAUUACAGGUUAGUACCCACCUAUUUAAUUGUUGAGGGUUUAUGAAUGUUUAUUUUAUUCUUAUGAACUUGGUUUUUGCUUUACAUUUAGAAUAUGGGAAAUAGCAAAUUCUACAGUAUUCACCAAAUCUGUAUUAAGUAUUACCAACAUUCUGUACAAUCACUAUGGCAAUUACACCUGCAGAGCGAUGAAUAAAUUGGGGAAUGCCGAAGUUACAAUUAACUUUCAUGGUAAAUAUUGUUUUUAUCAACCUUAUCUUUCAAAUUGUUUUAAACUUGUUUAGCUUCAAUAAGGAAUGGAGACAAAAUUAAAAAAAUAUAU